AUGGCGACAGUCGUAUUCCAAGGCCCGGCUUCCGACCCUGCCUCAGCUCUGCGCAUAGCGCAGCAGGCUCCCUCGAUCCUUGCAAAGUCCUCGUCGGUCAGUACGACCUUCCCUGCAUCAAUGUUCAACACGGCGGAUUCCGCUGAACUAUGGGACGAGCUUGAACAACUCCUCUAUGCAUGCCUGCGCACAGGGGACGACAAGUCUGCCUCUCUAUGUGUGGAACGAUUAAGUAACAGAUUCGGGUCAACCAAUGAACGGGUCAUGGCUUUGAGAGGGCUGUAUCAGGAAGCCAUGGCUCCAGACGAAGCAGCAUUGCGCAAGAUAUUAGAAGACUAUGCGAGAAUAUUGAUGGAGAACCCUAUGAAUGUUCCCAUCCACAAACGCCGGAUUGCGCUCAUGAGAAGCUUGGGGAGGCCACAAGAUGCCAUCAAAGACCUGGUGGAAUUCGUCGAUUCCUUUCCCACCGACAUGGAGGCUUGGUGCGAGUUGAGCGACCUCUAUCACUCGCAGGGGUGCCUUCCACAAGCUGUCUUUUGCCUGGAGGAGGCCGUAAUUAUCGCCCCAAAUGCAUGGAACCUUCAUGCACGACUGGGCGAACUCGAGUAUCUGGCUGCCAUGUCGUCAACGGAGAAUGCCGAUGUCGAGAAACACCUGGCACAGGCAAUCCAGCGGUUCAGUCGGAGCAUUGAACUUUGUGACGACUAUCUGCGGGGGUUCUACGGGCUAAAGCUGGCCACGGACAAGUUCCUGCUGACGAACACGACAUCUCGGGGGAACACCAGCUCGCCGAUCACCCCAGACAAGGUGCAGAAACUGAAUCAGUUGGCCACGUCAAAACUGGAGGGUAUCGUCAAGGACCGCAGCGGACGACGAUCUUCCGGGACCGAUCAUCCUGAGCUCAUUGCCGCUCAGGAAUUGUUGAACAGAUCCAAAGGCUGA